AUGGGCCCACCAUCGUAUCGCCAGAUCCAGCCUGCGCCCAUCCGGGCCCAAAGAUCGGGCGCGCCCUCUAACUCCUCGGGGCCCGGUGGUGGCCGGCUCAGCGCAAAGGGUCUCACGAAACGGCUCAAAGCGGUAACCCAGGCGUGUCAUACGUGCCGCCGUAACAAGGCCAAGUGCGAUGGUGUACGCCCGAGAUGCGGUGGAUGCACCACGAGGGGCUCGGCCUGUGGCUAUGACGGUGAAGCCGGCCAGUCUCGGCAGGCCGCGCUAAGGACCCGCCUCGAAGAGCUUGAGAAGUUGGUCGGGGACCUCCGAUCGAUGCCCGACGCUGAAGCCGAGCGCUUAUUGCAGCGCCUCCGGGCUUCGGCCAACGACUCCGUUCUCGGCACCGCCUCGGAGUCUCGCUCUCCGGCGCCCACGACUAUCCCGGCCUCGGUCGCCUCAUCCGAGUCUUCGUUCCCCAGCCGCUCUUCAGCACCUUCGCCGGCUUCCUCGGGCACCAGCGGCGCGACGGGGGCUACUUCCGUCUCCGAUGAUGGGUCCAUCAUCGCUGGGUCUUCGCCGCGUAGCGCCCAGCAUCCCAUAACCGACGAUCUUGCCGAGCUGCUUCACAUGGACCUGCCGCUGCCCAACGCCAAGACGACCUGGGCUGGCGUCGAGAGCUUCUUCAGCUCGUGUGGCCGCCUCUUCCACAUUUACUCGCCCCAGCAGAUGGAAGCUUACUACAAGACCGUCUUUGGCGUCGACGGCAAGCCCGACACUUCGCAGAAGCUCGCCAUCUGCUGCCUACAUGCCGUCGCGGCUGUGGGUAUCCAGUACAACCCUAACGAUUUCCAAAAGGGGCUAGAAAAGACCUUCCACGAAGUCAGCCGCCGGUUCUUUUCCGAGGUUAUGGAGGAGCGGCCCCUCGACACUAUCAAGGUGUGCACGCUGUUUGCCUUGUACAACAUUUUGGACAAGGCGACUGUAGCGCUGGCCUAUGUUGAGGUUGGGUUGAGCAUGUCGAAGCGGCAGAGCUCGAGCACGGGGGUGUGCCAUCCUUCCAUGGUAUCGGCUGAGGAGUGGAUCGAUUUUAGGCGGACUUGGCGAGCGUUGCUGUUCUUUUCGAGUUGGCUGUCUUCCACUCUCGGCUACAUUUCCGGCGCCGAUGACACUGAAUUUGCCAAACUCCUCCCAAUAGCGGAACAAGACCAUGACAGCUACAGUGCCGAGAUAGGCGAGCUCGUUCAGGCAGAGAUGACCAAGUUGACGCUUCUCGAGGCCGGGAUCCUGCGCAACCACCUUGCGGUUGAAGAGCUCACGACUCUCGGACUCGACGGCGUCAUCCGGGAGCUCCAGGACUGGCACGGCCAGCUGCCGGACACCAUGCAGCUCAGCAGCUUGUUCCGCUACGACUGGCCCCCACUGGUCCGCUGGUCCAUCUACUACCUCCACCUGCUCUACCACGGCGCUUUCAUGCUGGUGUACCGCCGGAUUGCGGCACACUGUGUCCGGCUGCAACGCACUGGCGUCGGGCUUGCCGCCGCAAGCAAGGAACCCACGAUGCUCAGCCUCGUCGAGCAAGGCAUCACCUCUGCGCGGGACACGGCGCGCAUCGUGAGCCUGCUUCUGGAGGACCAGGGCGUGUUCCGCCGCUGCUGGAUUGUUAUCUUCCAAACGCACACCGCGUGCGUGGUCUUACUGCAUUCCGUAGCACAACGACAGGCGCAGGGCUUCCCGCCCUCUUCAUGGGCCGACGAUCUGAAGCUGGCCCGGCAGUGUCUCGACGUGCUCGGCUUUUGCGGUGCCGUGGACCCCGUGGCCCUGCGUUUCCGCGUGCGCCUCACCGGCAUCUACGACAGCCUCCUCACAUCCGGCCACUCCCCCCAGCUGCACCUCGCCCACAUCGAAGAUUGGGUCCCACCCCACCCAGACCAAACUCAAGACGAGGUCCCCGCCGAACCGCAUCCCGUGUCGUACAUGUUUGCGCUCCCACCACCCUCCAUGGCCAACAACGCGCUGUUCCAACUCUCGUUCUCGCUCCUCUUCGCCCUGUGCAAGCCCUGGAGCGAUACCUCCAACCUCACCAGCGCAUCCGCUGCGGACCUCCUCUUAGCCAGCACCACUGCCGGCAACCCGGAGGCAGCCGGGACCUUCCCCGCAAUCACCGCCUCGCCCACCAGCGCUGCCUCGCCUUCCGCCACCGAGGGCCUCACCAUCGCCUCCUCGCCCACUGACACCCACUCCACUGCCGCCAGCGUCGUGGCCGCCGAUAACGACCGCACCCGCCUGUUGGAUAACAUGGACUGGGACUUUGGCAAGGCCACGCCGUUUCGGUGGGACACGGACGGCAUGGGCAUGCUGCACGACGGCGAGGUGGUGGGUGAGAGCUGUUUCUUGGAUAGUGAGGCUCCGAAUGGGUGGACGCUGGCGGAGGACUUGGACGAGGUGGAUGUUGUUGAGUGA